AUGGAUUCUUUUAUGCACUGUGCCCCUACUCUGGUUGUCUGCUACAUCUGCAAGGACUAUUACACAGACCCUGUCACCAUUAACUGUGGACACAGCUUUUGUACUCCCUGUCUCUGCCUCCUGUCAGAAGAUGCCAAGCAUCCUACUCGCUGCCCUGUGUGCAAGGCAGUGUCUCCAUACAUGGACUUCAAAAGCAUUAUUUUUGCUGAGGCACAAGUUCGUGCUCAAAAAGAAUCAGUUGCCCAGCAGUUACCGAGGUCUACCAGGCAGAUGUGUGAAAUGCAUCAAGUACUAAAGAAUAUCUUCUGUGCAAAUGACAAGAUCCUGCUGUGUUCGCACUGCUCCCAUUCCCCAGGGCAUGUCAGUCACUUACACUGUCCAGUAUCACAGGUUGCUGAGCAUUGCAGAGAGAAACUUAUGAUGCAAAUGAAGUCUAUUUGGAAAACCAAGCAGAGAAAUCAGAGAAAUAUAAACAAAGAGUAUGACUUACUUGGAGUGUGGCAGAGUUUUAUAAAUAUAAGGAAGGUGAUGAUCAAGGCUGAAUAUCCUAAGGUGUACCGAUACCUCAACAAAGAAAAGCAAAGGCAUUUAGAAAGACUGACAACUGAAGGCAAGACGAUUUUUCGUCGACUCCGGAGAAAUGUAAUUAGAAUGCUUCAAAUGGGGAAACUUUUGAAAAGAAUGUAUGAGGAGCUGAAAGAAAUGUGCCUCAAAACAGAUGUGCACCUGAUCCAGGAUGUGGGAGACAUCAUGAGAAGGAGUCAGAUAAUGCAGAUGCACUUGCCUCAGCCUCUGAACCCACAGCUCAGUGCAUGGACAAUCACCGGGAUGUCUGAAAGGCUUAACAACUUCAGAGUGUAUAUUACAUUCGACAAUAACUUAAGGAAUUAUCGUGUGCCUCUGUUUGAAGACCUGAGUCAUUUAGAAUGCUGUGCCCACCAUCAAGAUUUGCCCCACAGUCCAGCAAGUCCACAGUAUAUGCCUUCAUGGGGAGCUCAGACUUUCACUUCUGGCAAACAUUAUUGGGAGGUGGAUGUGGGAAACUCUCAGAAUUGGAUUAUAGGACUUUGCAGGGAAUCCUGGAUGAAACGCAGUGAUAUGCUGCUCAACUCUGAGGGUAUCUUUCUACUUCUGUGUAUCACCUUGGAUGACCAUUGCCGUCUCUUCUCUGCCUCCCCACCACUGCGCCACUAUGUUCAAAGACCCCAGAGCUUGGUAGGGGUGUUUUUAGAUUAUGAAUUUGGUAUAGUAAGCUUUGUUAAUGUUGCCAACAGUUCCCUCAUUUGUAAUUUCCUCUCAUGUUCCUUCUCCUCCCCUCUCAGACCUUUCAUUUGCUAUGGACCCAAAUGA